AUGGACGGUCAUAUUGCAGAUGAGUCUGAUAGCCAACUGAGCCCUAUAGUUUCUGGAAUGGUCCGUUUUGUUCUUUCGCAGGCGGAAUCGCAAAUUCGUUCGACAAUAAUUAGCAAAACUCGAUUCACCAAUGCUAUUCGUGACAUUGCAGCAGCUGAAAAUAUAUCAAAUAUCAAGUAUGCCAAUGUAUUUGAUGAAGUUAAUGUCGUAUUGCAAGAUAUUUAUGGCUUCAGGCUAGUUGGGACUCCUUCAAGAAAGAAUAAUAUCAACAAGAAUGUUAAAAUAGCAGAAGCAGAAGAUGAAUUCAACAGCAGUGAGACCAACCCUAUAGCAGAUCUAAAAUUCAGGGGCGACAGGCUAAUGUUAAUAAACGAUAUACCGCUACCAUCAAAACACGCUCAAUCCAUGAUAGACCAAACAUCCUUUCUAUAUCGUGAACGUAUCAUCGAUUCCCAAUAUGCUCCCGGAAUAGAAAGUGCUCAGACGCUUGUGAGCCAACUGUCAACUGACCAGCUUCUAGUACUCCAAGGGAUCAUGUCGAUCGUAAUAUGCAUGGUGAUUUUCUCUAAAAAUAAUUGCUUAGAGCAGGAACUUUUCACCAAUCUAUCAAAAUUUGGCAUACCCACUGGCGGCUAUCCUAUCCCAAUAAUUAACAUGAAGAUACAAGAAGUCUUAAAUCAUAUGGUUAAACUAGAAUAUAUCCAGCGAGUGACUUCAACUAUCUCUGAUGGUGCUACUCCCAACGGCCAGGAAACCAUAUUCUAUAGCAUCGACAGGCGUACUCAGAUCGAAUUUCCUCAAGAAGCACUGGUCGCUAUGUGCCAGAAACUGCUGGCAGUUGAUGAAACCCAGUUAAAUUCACUAUGCGAAUCAAUUAAGCUAUCUAUUGGGGAUUCAUACCGUCCUUGA